AGCAACUUACAAGCUUCAAAAUUCCAUAGCUUUCAGCUAGGCAAGAAGGUAAUGGGGUAAUUCCUGCACAUCACAAUUUCCUGCUAUCACAGCUGUACACAAUCACACAAACUCCACGAAGUUGUAAAAGUGAAUUAAUUGCCAUUUGUAGCGGUCUAUUCCUAUCUUCAAGACUGUAAAUACUAACGGAUCAUGGAUUCGGAAGGUGCAGAUGCAUUACGAAAUGCAAUAUCUACAUCGAAUAUAGAAAAAGUCAAAUUUCUCCUCUCAGCGGAUAAAUCUCUGAUUAACUCCCAAGACGAAGAGGGUUUAUCUCCACUCCAGUUAGCAUGCUUUCGAGGAGUUCUGCCAAUUGUUGAGUUCCUUCUAAAGUGUGGCGCAAAUGUUAAUUCAACGUCUCAUAAACAGGGUUACACAGCCCUUAUGUUUGCCGGUCUUUCAGGAAACACAGAUAUUGUUGAACUUCUUUUGCAAUACGGAGCUCGAGUAAAUGACGUGAAUUCGAUCGGGAGGACAGCUUCUCAAAUGGCCGCAUUUGUGGGAAAUCAUAACGUCGUCAGUCUUAUCAAUAAUUAUUUAGAAAAGGAAGAAAUUAGCGUCUAUACAACAAAGAAUAAACUACCGUCUGAAUACAUAUCUACAGUCCACCGGCUGAUUUUGCAGCUUAACAUUUCACCUAUAAAGGUUUUCAUUGUGUUAAAUAAUGAAAUAGAAACUUGCCAACAAGCAGCAGCUAAUAACCCUAAUAGGCAUAUGCUAGCGCAGUGGAAAUGUGUUCACAACAUCCUUGAAGAUUUGUGCAAUAAGUAUUUCACGCCCCACUUAACACACGAACCACUGGCACUCAAACUUCAUUUACUGGCCUGUUGUAUACGUCAAGCUGGAGAGCAUUACGAUAAAGAGCUGAAAUGUGUAGAUAAUCAAGACAAUGUGUCUCCAAAUUUGAAGCAGCUAAUAAAGAAAUUUUUAUUAGGAACAGAUCCAUACGGUUUGCCACAAGGUGAGUAUAUCAGGACUUCUAAAUUCACAAAAUUUUGAAUAGGUCAAGAACAAUUUUUACGCCACUCCUUAACUUCUUUCCCUCACCGUCAGUCCACACUAUGGAGACAUGUCGUUCAACAAAUAUCCCCGCUAGUGUUGGGUGGCUUACCAACAGCAUUCUCUAUCCUUACUAAAGCUAUCAAUGGUUCUAUUAUGUAUAAUGCACGCCCUUUCGAACUUUGUGCAACAUGCGGUGAUGGUCCUGAGCUAGGAAGGCCUGGAAAACUAAAAGCAUGUCAACAGUGCAAAGUUGCAUCCUACUGUUCAGUUUCCUGUCAACGCUUGCAUUGGUUCACACACAAGAAAUAUUGUUCGAUCUUAAAAGGUAAGUGCUCACCAUGUCACUUAUAAUCACUUCCGUAUCAGUCACGAACUUUUGAGGUACAGGUUCUAAAGUAUUUUUUCAACGUAUAGAUAGGUACCUAAUGUGUUUUUCACAACUAUAUGCCCUAUAUGAGUUUGACUUAUGUGGUUAAAAGUGAAAAAGCAUCUAGGCAGCAAAGUAAAUUACGACAUGAACAAUAAGAUGUGUACGUAUUUUCGAUGACACACUAUCCACCCAAAAUGUCCUUGCAAAUUAAUUUCUAAUAACGCGUUGGAAAAUAGAACCUUUAUUUAGUACAUCAAGAAGUGAUGUGCGGUAAAAACUUCAUAUCCUCCUAGUUGUGUCAUUUCUAGAUAUUAUAUGCAAUGAGAAAACUGUAUCAGAUCAAUCAGUAAAAGAGUUCAUUUUAGGUGGUUAGGGACUCUUUAUUCAUAAGAGUCAACAGAGAGACAUCAAAUACUCUGCAUUUUAAAAAGGCGUAGGCUUUUAUUACCAUUAAUACAUUAACGCUGAGAUGAAAUGACUUAUUUUGUGUCCAAUCAUGAAGUAGCAGGUCAAUAACUUAUUUCUAUAUUUAUUUUUGAAAGUUUUGUAUUGUUAAAGUUUCACCACACUAAAGUAACUUAUUUGUUAAUUUCACAGAGAAGAAACAGGAAUUCGA